UAUGGAUGAUGCUUCUCCAUCAUUCCAGAGGUCUACAAAGCCAUUCCACUCCUCCACCUGGUAUGGUGGAGGUGAAUGAUGAGAACUACACACGUGUUUCAGAGUUUGUGAUCGUGGGUUUCCCGGGGCUCCACCCAUCCUACUUCCAGCUGAUGGCCUGGUUCUUCUUCUUCAUCUAUGUCACCACGAUAUCGGGGAACUUCCUGCUGGUUGGGCUGUUUGUCCUGGAGAGGAGCCUGCAGAAACCCAUGUACAUUAUCAUGCUCAGCCUUUCCCUGUCUGAUAUUGGUUUUGCCACAGUGGCCCUCCCCAAGGUGAUAGCUCGAUGGUGGUGGGACGAUGGCAGGAUUUCCUUCAAUACCUGUCUAUUCCAGGAACAGAUGAUCCACUACUUUGGCACCUUGAAUUCUCUCAUCAUGAUGACCAUGGCUAUGGACCGGUACCUGGCUAUCUGUCACCCUCUCAGAUACCCAAUGUUAAUGACCAACCAGAAUAUGAGCUGUUUAACAGUCUUCUUCUGGAUGUCAGCCACAGUCAUACCUGCCAUCGGCACCAUGGACUUCACCAAGAAAGUGGCAUUCUGUGGCCCCAACCAUAUCCUCCAUGCGUACUGUGAUGCUGUGUCUCUGACUAAACUGGCCUGCUCCAACGUGGUGGAAAUCCAGGGGAGUUCCAUUGGUCUGGCCAUGUUCGUCCUCUUCGCACCCUUCACCUUCAUCAUCUUUUCCUACGUUAACAUCAUUGUCUCUGUGAUGCGCAUAGCCAACGCACAGGGCAGGCUGAAGACCUUCUCUACCUGUGCUACUCAGGGGUGUAUCAUCCUCAUCUAUUACAUCCCCCGCUUCGUAGUCUACUGUGCACCCUACAUCCCAAACCUGACCAUGACCCCUGACCUCCGCAUCAGCCUCACCCUCGUCUACAGCCUGUUCCCCCCAGUCGCCAACCCGUUCAUCUACUGCUUCAGGACCAAGGAGAUCAGGACCAUUCUGGUUCACUGGGGACAUGGCUGGAGGAACAACAUGUUGGAUUGGAGUAAACCAAACACCAUCACUGUCAUCAAUAAAUCAUGGGUUCGAUAAGGUUUGGUUUAAGGAGACAAGGAUAUAACCUGUUAUAACUUGUUAUUAUAACAUUCUAAUUCAGGAUUAUAUCAUGUUAA